GGAUAUUCAGUGUCUCUUUGCGGUCAGUUUCUUGGGUCAUCAAACCCUGGACUAUAAUGGUUGCUGCUUUUGGAUAUAAUAUGAGUGUUCUUCAUCUGUGCAUAUUUGCGACUUUUUGGAGAGCUAUGCAGGCCAUCCAUCCAGACUGUGCUAUUAUCUCUCAGCUGAUACAAGACCAAGCGACCUGCAUCCAGACCAGGAAGAGAGAGACCAAAAAUCAGUCCCAACAAACAGGAUGUGGGACAGAUUGGGAUGGGAUCAGGUGCUGGCAGACAGCCGAUACAGGGCAACUGAUCAAUGUAUCCUGCUCAAAUGUCUUCAAGCAUUUCUCCAAUCAAGGUUUUAUAUACCGGAACUGCACGUCUACAGGCUGGAGUGACCCGUAUCCUCCAUAUGAGAAGGCCUGUGCAUUUGAAGAUGAUUCAGAAUCCAGAACUGUGACAACAUACUUAUCAACUUUGAAACAACUGUACACUGCAGGAUACGCAACAUCACUUAUAUCGCUCAUAACAGCCAUUAUUAUAUUCACUUGCUUCAGGAAAUUUCACUGUACCAGAAACUACAUACACAUCAAUCUGUUUGUUUCCUUCAUCCUACGGGCUACUGCAGUCUUCAUCAAAGACACUGUACUUUUCUCCGAUGAAACUCUGGACCACUGUUUAAUGUCCACAGCAGUGUGUAAGACUGCUGUAGCGUUCUUUCAAUUCUGCAUUCUCACUAAUUACUUCUGGCUACUGGUGGAGGGAAUGUACCUGCAAACACUCCUGGCUCUCACGUUUGUCUCGCAGAGGAAGUACUUCUGGUGGUACAUCCUUAUCGGAUGGGGUGUGCCAUCAGUUGUCCUGAUCGUGUGGGUGCUGACCAGACAGUUCUACGAUAACAGAGGAUGCUGGGAUGACACAGACAAUAUGAACAUCUGGUGGAUAAUCAAAGGACCAAUCACAGCAUCACUGUUUGCCAAUAUUAUCAUCUUCCUAAAUGUGAUACGGAUCUUGGUUCAGAAAUUAAAGAGUCCUGGAGUUGGAGGCUGUGACAUGGGUCACUUCAUGAGGCUCGCCAAAUCCACCUUGUUUCUGAUUCCUCUGUUCGGGAUGCACUACACUGUGUUUGCCUUUCUGCCUGAGAACACUGGAGAAAUAAUCCGGUUCUACAUUGAACUCGGUCUAGGCUCUUUCCAGGGCUUUGUAGUGGCCCUUCUUUACUGUUUCUUGAAUGGAGAGGUACAGGCAGAGUUAAAGCGAAGGUUAUGGAAAUGGCAGACGCAGACUCACCUGAGUCCCAGUAAAAAACGCCGGGUCACUGUUACUCAGAUCACGAUGCAUGAGGUCAGUGACCCACAGACUGCCGUCUGCAACGGAAACAUCACAUCUGUGUGAACACACCUGUAUGAUGUAGUUGUAUUUCAUAUUGCACCCAAAAGACUUGAAGAGCUUCGUGUGAAAGACUUUCAAAUGAGAAGAAAUAGGUCACCAAUCAGCACUUAUCAAGAAGUAUGUGCUAAGAAUACCUCCCAGUUUCCGAUUUUUAAGGUUUUAAAACAAUGUUGACGUUGUUUGCAUUGUUUUAAGACAGACUUGAAGGUGGUACACUGCAACCAGACAUAACAAUGUUAAAGACUGUGAUUGUGACUAUAGAGUACCAAUAGAUAAGCGGCCUGAUCUCCACAUUCUGUGCCUAUAUGUUUGUCUGAAAAAACUCAACAGUCAGUCAAUUUUGGCUUUUUCGUCUUUGUUCAGUAGCUCAAGGGAGUUUAAGUUAAACAUUUUGUGCCCUGAGGUUGAUUAAAAUGUCUCAUGUAAUAUAUGAUUGUUUUAUGCAAAUAAAAGUAUUGAAAGUAAGUUGUAAUAUUAAAAUUUUACCUCUUCAUGCCACAAUCCAGUCUUCAUAUGUUGAGCUGUAUGCUAUAUAUGUGUCGUAUUGUAACUCAAAACUGGCUGGUUGCAUUUGAUACAUCAGACUCCCAGUGGGGCAAAAAGAUUGAUGUUUAAGACUGGAGGUUGACGUAAUUCUUAGUGGAAGCUUAGAGGAAAGCUAAAACCAAGUUGUGUUUGCAGUCAAUGAGUCAUUUUUUCAUAUAUGCCAGUGUUUGGCAUUGAAUGCUCCAUGUAUCAUUUUAGAAUUUAUUGUAUUUUAACAUAUUAUUAUUGACAGAAAUGCAGUAUACAUACUGUAUAUUGCAUUGUUACUAAAUUAGACCAUCUAAUUUAUCAGCAGAUUUUAAAGGGAUAUGUACAUACAGUAUAUCUACAUAUAUUAUAGCUUGUAUGAUUCCAGAAACUUUAAAUUGGUUCAACUGGAGCACUUAAUCUCUAAAAUUGUUAUAUAAAUACUAAUGGAAUUUAUAAAAGGUAUUAAAAUAUUGUUAACAGUUUACAAUAAGGUUAACAGUAAAGCUUUAUGAACUAAGAAUGAACAAUAUUUUUUAACAGCAUUUAUUAAGCUUUGUUGAGGUUAAUUGAUUAAAACACGAUUGUUCAUUUUUAGCUCAAGUUAUAUGUUAAAGUAUACAACUUUAAAUUUGAAAAAUGUACUUUAGUAGUAAAAGUUGAAACUAACAUCUACCAAGAUUUACAAGUGAUGCAAAACUAUCGUUCAUUGUUAGUUCAUGUUAACUAAUGUAGUUAAUGUUAACAAGUACAAUUUUAUUGUUUAGGUUAAUCAAAAUAUGUUACACUUGCUAAAUCAUUAUUUAAAAUGUAUCAUAUCCUUGUUUUAGAAAAAGAUAAAUCAUGAAUGGAACUUGUAGAUCUGUGCAGGGAAUGGAUCUGUUCUAUUUUAAUUCACAGCAUGAAUUCAACCCAGAAUGUAAAUUCCAAUUCAGAUCUAAAAAGACUGAAUGAAUCAGUUAUGAAUCAGAUGUGUACUCUGGGGCAAUGUUCUCCAGUUGAAAUAAAAUUGAACCCAGUUCUCAGAGCAUCUCACAGCAGAAAUUUCCAAUACUUUAGUUGUCGAAGCUAUCUGCAAAACACAUGGUAUGGAAUGCAUUAAAGCAGAUGGCUACUGUAUGUACACAAGUCUUUAUAAGCUUAACCUGUAGUAUAAAGUCUUGCUUAAGUCUUUUCCAUAUGUUUUAUGUUCUGUACUACAUCACAUUGAUCCGUGAUAAAUGUUUA